AUGUCUGUGUCUGCGAACGGCGGUGUGACGCUCUUCCAGAAGCGAAGCAUUGGUGGAAAGGUAGACCCGGCUCUGCUACAAGGUCAGUCCAAGCUUUCCCGAAGUGAAGCUGUACGACUGAGAACCUACGACGGCAAGCAUCUCCACUCGGAUGGCAAGAAGGUUUGGGUGAGCACGGAGAACGCCGCGAAGACAGAAGUCCUUCUGCGAUCGGUGGGAUCUGCAGGUGCACUCAACACCUUGCAGAGCGGAGAUGCAGUCCUCCUGGAGACUCGAGAAGGCAAUCGCCUGGAGAUUCUGGGUGGAACUGUCAAUGUGCGCCCGAAGAAUUACAGACAGGACUCGCAGACGUUCCUGGUGCAGAGGCAAGGUGGCGAUGGGGAUCUGGAGGAUGGAGAUCCAAGCUUUCUUGUCUCGGGCACGGGCCAUGUCCUGGCCGUGGAGGGCGGCAAGGUGUUGGCGAGGAAGCCAGAUAUGGACACUGGGGAGGCGUUCCUUUUGGAGAGAGCUGCUUCCCACAAACCGGAGAGCCAGUGGCUGGUGGUGCCCAAUCCGCAGGGCCAUUGUGACCCCACGCUGCAAUGCCAUCGGAAGCUGAACGUUUCCUGCAGAAGCGCGGAUGGAGCGGACCUGUCCUUUCAUAAAUGCGACCACCACUCGCGCCCCUGGAGCUACGAGCCCUGCUUCCGCUCGCCAUUGGGCUCCUGCAUCGAUUUGGCGGAGUCAGACUGUGUUGACAUCCCUGGGAUGUGGUGGAACACAGAGGGCAAAACCUGCGCCCAGUACGGCGUGGAGGAUUGUGACAACGAGCUGGUGCAUCGAGCGUGCUAUGCAUGGCGUGCUGUCUACCUGCUACUGGAUGGUAUCGUUGUCUCAUUGUGGCGGCGGAUGCCAGCCAGCAAAGACCCUCACGUCCGUGGUCUGACCUCGGUUCUAGCAGAUUCUAGCAGGCCAUUCAUCGCCGCGUGGCCGCACAACAAGGACGAGGUGACGGAGGAAAUGAACGAAUGGCACGAUGAAGGCAGCGGUGAAGCUUUUGAAGUGGCUGUUUCUAAACUGGCGGCCCAGGGUUUCCGGCCCCGCCUUCCCCGUGGCCUCAUGGAUUUAAACCGCGGCUGGCGAGGGCGGACAGAAAAGACAGAGACCCUUUUUGGCAAGGGUGCACUCAGCAGUUGGGCAGCAGAGCACAUUCACCCGGACGGCAACGAUGCCCUUGAGAAGUGGUACAGGGCUGCCUUGUCAACAAUCCAAGCUGCGGCCGCAGAACGGAGAGGGUUUGUGGAAAUCCACAGCUAUGGAGACUUGGGGUCAACGUAUGAUCGAGAAGCUGGUGGUCGCCCAGUUCGAAGGGCCCAAGCUGCUGUAGUUCAUUCGACGCCAUGGGCUACUCAAUUUCCCGUGGGCCUGGCGAGACUGUUGCCAGGCGAUCUGCGAGGUACUCCUAAGCCCCUGGAGCGAGCACUGGAUCUUUGCUUAGAGGAGAACGGCUUUAAGCUGGGGCCAAGCCCCUACCCCACCCAGGGUCCCUGGGCCUUGUCAACACGAUUCCUGGCAUCACGUUGGUUUUUGUGGCUGGGCGAGAAGGAUCAUUUGCCAAAAGAAGCCGCAGAGCAUUUGGCCUCUUUGGCUUGGCAAGAUGAGCAUGACCCUGAAAUGGAAGCAGUUGCAACUGGCAAGGUUGAAGCCCAAAGUGGCAAGCUGCUUGGGGUGCGAGAAUUGGCGGUGAUGAUGUCAGAGUGGUCUCAUCGUCCAGGGGAUCUCGGUGACACGUUCGGAAGAGAGACGCGAUGCUUCACACUGGUUAUCGAAAUGCGUUGUGAUCGCACGGAUGAUGCGGAAUCAUUUGGCCAAGCCGUGGCAAAGGCUUUGAGUGCUCAUCUUGCAUCUUGA